ACUGCUAGAAGCGUCGUCUUCGUCGCGCUCCGCUCCGCUCCGCUGGACUGCUUGCCGCCUGCAUCGAAGCGAAAACGUAAAACAACCCAGACACGGCCCUCUCCAAUGGAAUCCACGGAAGGUCCACGACGCCCCGCUCCCCGCCACUAGCCCACUGACCCCACCGCCACCGCCACCACCAUGCUCCAGCUCCAGCUCCAGCCCCCUCGCUUCCUGCCGCUCCCUCGCUCCCGCCUCCCCGGCCGCCGCCGCCGCCACGGCCCCCCGCCCGCCCUCGCCGUCCGCUCCCAGUGGAAGCUCCCCGACGUCGACACCGAUGCGGUGCAGGAGCGGGUGCGUUCGUGGCUCUCCCGGGCGCGGGGUGCGGUGGUGGGCGUCACGCAGGCGGCGCGGGAGCGUGGACAGCGCAAGGAGGAGGCCGAUGGGAGGAAGAAGCAGAGGAAGGAGGAGGUGCAGGAGGAGCCGCUCGUCGCGGUGCCCGAGAUCACCCUGGAGAGGCGGGUCGGCCCCGGCUGGCUCUCGCUGGACGCCAUUGUCUCCAUCGAGCAGUUUGCUAGGUUGAAUGGGUUGACUGGGAGGAAGGUGCAGAGGAUCUUCAAAGCGCUUGCUCAUGAACAUAUCCACAAUGAUGCUCGAAAUCUUGUUGAAUAUUGCUGCUUCCGGUACUUGUCAAGAGAUAACUCCGAUUUUCAUCCAAGUUUGAGGGAGCUUGCAUUUCAAAGGCUUAUCUUUGUGACUAUGCUUGCAUGGAAUGAUCCAUACGAUGAAGAUAAUGAUCCACACUCUUCACUAGAUAACUACUCUAUACUGGGAAGACUUGUUGGAGAAGAUGCCUUUGUCCGAAUUGCUCCUGCUGUGGUAGGAGUUGCUGAUGCUUCAACAGCUCAUCAUCUCUUUAGGGCCCUUGUUGGCACUGAAAAGGGACUCUCAUUGGAUCUGUGGACAACAUACCUUGGUGAACUUAUAAAGGUUCAUCAUGGGAGGCAAACACAUAAGAUUGGAGAUAAUUUUCUGUCUGACGAGCAAGUUCUGUGCAUAGGCUCUAGUAGAAAGAGGCCUGUUCUAAAAUGGGAGCAGAAUACUGCAUGGCCCGGACACUUAACCUUGACCAACAAGGCACUCUAUUUUGAGGCCAUUGGACUGGCAGGUAUGAAGAAACCAUUGAGGCUUGACCUUACAGACCAUAAUUCAAGGAUUGAAAAGGCAAAGGUUGGGCCAUUUGGGUCCAGGUUAUUUGACUCUGCUGUAUCUGUUUCAUCUGGUUCAGCGUCAGAUGAGUGGACAUUAGAGUUUGUUGAUUUUGGCGGAGAAUUGAGACGAGAUGUAUGGCUUGCCUUCAUCAAUGAAAUUAUUUCUGUUUAUAGGUUCAUUCGUGAAUAUGGACCAAGCGAUGAUGAUCCAACCAUUCAUCAUGUAUAUGGUGCCCACAGAGGCAAGAAAAGGGCUGUUAGUAGUGCAACAAACAGUAUUGCUAGGCUUCAAUCUCUGCAAUUCAUACGUAGAUUACACGAGGACCCAGCUAAGUUAGUACAGUUCUCCUAUCUAUCGGGUGCACCUUUUGGUGAUAUUGUUCUUCAGACCCUAGCAGUGAGGUUCUGGGGUGGGUCACUGAUUACAAACUCUAAAAUGGCAAAUGAAAGAUCACUUCAAAGGCAUAAACAUUCAGAAGGCUCAUCUAGUGGUCGCUCACAGGUUUUCGACAUAGACGGUAGUGUGUACUUAGGCAAGUGGAUGACGUCUCCAAGCUGGGCAUCAAGCCAUUCAGUCAGUUUUUGGAAAGGCUCUUCAGUCAAGCAUGGUGUAAUAUUAAGUAAAUCCUUAGUUGUAGCUGAUAAAAAUCUUGUAGAGAAGGCGAUGGUUGUCUGUAAGGAGAAGAGCAAAGUAGUUGACAAGACACAUGCUACAAUUGUUGCUGCUACGGUCGAAGGUAUUCCAAGCAAUAUUGACCUCUUCAAGGAACUUGUACUUCCCUUCGCAAUAAUGGCUGAAAAAUUCAACAAACUUAAACGCUGGGAGAAUCCCCGUUCAACCAUUUGUUUUCUACUGUUAGUUUAUACUGUUAUUUUCAGGAACAUGCUCUUUUAUAUAUUUCCAUUUACCUUGAUGGCGAUGGCCCUUUCCAUGCUUGCCCUGAAAGGGCUGAGAGAACAAGGUCGGCUGGGUAGGUCUUUUGGCAAAGUGACAAUACGGGAUCAACCACCUUCCAACACAAUCCAGAAGAUCGUAGCUCUCAAAGAGGCAAUGGCCUCGGUCGAAAAUUCUCUGCAGCACCUCAAUGUCUCUCUUCUGAAGAUGCGCACAAUCUUCUUAGCAGGCCAACCUGAGGUUACAACUCAGCUUGCCCUCAUUCUUCUAGCAUCCUCUGCAGUUCUUCUCGUGGUUCCUUUCAGAUACAUUCUUGCCGUCUCUACCCUUGAUCUAUUCACGAGGGAGCUAGAGUUCCGGAGAGAAAUGGUGGCGGCAUUCAAAAGCUUGGUGAAGGAGCGAUGGGAGUCGAUACACGCUGCCCCUGUGAUCGUGCUGCCAUACGAGGGCGACGAUAACAGCAACAAGGCGCUCCCCGCAAAAGCUUCCAGGCAGACAGAAUCGGAAGACGUGCAAGACCAACGUAGUGACAUCUAUGUGAAUGGAAUCCGCCCUUCAUGAUAUUUGUAGUGUGAGGCGUUGUGUUGUAAUGUACAGUUUUUUGUACAGUUGUAGUAAGAUGUACAUAACAGCCGGGAUGUCCAAUUAGGUAUAGCUCACACCGAAUGGUAUGGAUUUAUUUGUAGUAUCAUCUCUCGGCAUGGGCUUGCUAGAAGAUGGGUGGGACUAGAAUUCCAUAUUUCCUCGAGAGGUUAGGAGUACACAUAGUAAAUUCAGCCACACUAGCGGCACUCUUCUUCUAGCUUGUUCAAGGGAGAGAUUAGAUUAUUUGCCACACUUUACUAAGGCUUUGAUGAUUUCGCCCCA